CUUAGCUCUUCUGAAAAUGAAGUCCAAUGGCCUCUCGUUGGCUGCAACCGAUCAUCUUCAAAUGAGUGGCCGCGAAGGAUUGGGGAGGAAUCCCACUCUGUUAUGUGCGCCUAUAAUGGGGCAAUCCGUCGACCAGAUGUUGAGUGAGAUUAGUAAGGCCAAAGCCGGUGGUGCUGACCUCGUUGAGGUUCGUUUGGAUUAUCUCAAUAACUUCAACCCUCGUCAAGAUCUCGAAAUUCUCAUCAAACAGUCUCCUUUGACCACUCUCAUCACUUACAGACCAAAAUGGGAAGGUGGUCAGUAUGAAGGUGAUGAAACACGACGAUUGGAUGCUCUUAGGUUAGCCAUGGAACUGGGGGCUAAUUACAUCGAUGUUGAGCUUCAGGUUGCUCGUGAAUUCCUCAGUUCCAUCUCCGGAAGAAAGCCUGGAAAUUUCAAAGUCAUUGUUUCAUCUCACAACUAUCAAAAUACACCAUCGAUUGAAGAUAUUGCGAACCUUGUAGCUAGAAUUCAAGCUACUGGAGCUGACAUAGUAAAAAUUGCUACAACUACCUUGGAUAUCACGGACGUGGCACGCAUUUUCGAAAUAACUGUCCAUUCCCAAGUUCCAAUAAUUGGGCUGGUUAUGGGUGAGAGGGGUUUGAUAUCACGAUUGCUUUGCCCAAAAUUCGGUGGAUAUCUCACUUUUGGUACAAUUGAGGCAGCAAUUGUUUCAGCUCCUGGGCAACCAACACUCAAAGAUCUGUUGGGUAUAUACAAUUUCAGACAGUUGGGACCUGAUACAAAGGUAUUCGGAAUUAUUGGCAAUCCUGUGGGGCACAGCAAGUCACCUAUUCUUUACAAUGAAGCAUUUAAAGCAGUUGGGUUUAAUGGAAUUUACGUGCCAUUAUUGAUCGAUGACAUUGGAAAAUUUUUCGAUGUCUACUCGUCCUCUGAUUUUGCAGGAUUCAGCUGUACAAUUCCUCACAAGGAGGCUGCACUUAAGCGCUGUGAUGAGGUUGAUCCUGUUGCCAAGGAUAUUGGAGCUGUUAAUUGCAUUAUUAGGAGACCAAGUGAUGGAAAGCUAAUUGGUUACAAUACAGACUAUAUUGGUGCAAUUACUGCCAUCGAGGAUGGAUUAAGAGGUUCGCAUACUACAAACAAUUCAAGUGGUUCACCCUUAGCUGGUAAAUUGUUUGUAGUCAUUGGAGCUGGUGGUGCUGGUAAGGCACUUGCUUAUGGUGCAACGGAGAAGGAAGCAAGAGUUGUAAUUGCCAAUCGGACUUUAGAUCGAGCUAAAGAAAUAGCCGAGCUCAUUGGAGGACAAGCUAUAUCUCUAGUUGAAUUAGAAGAUUUCCAUCCAGAGAAUGGGAUGAUUCUUGCAAAUACAACGUCUAUUGGAAUGCAGCCAAAAGUAGAUUUGACACCCAUACCUAAGCGAGCUCUGAGCUCUUAUUCCCUGGUUUUUGAUGCUGUAUACACACCAAAAAUGACACGACUCCUGAGAGAAGCAAAAGAGUCUGGUGCCACCAUUGUUUCCGGGUUGGAGAUGUUCAUUGGGCAGGCAUAUGAACAAUACGAAAGAUUCACACAUUUACCUGCACCCAAGGAACUGUUCAGGGAAAUCAUGGCGAAAUACUGAAUGUCUUAUAUACCUUGUUAGAUGGCCAGUCUCCGUCUAGUU